GCUCGCCUGCCCCGUUUCUCAGCACCCUCUCUGUAAAAUUAGCGAAUACUGCAGCAAGAAGUGAGUGUGUGCAUGUGUGUAUGUGUGUGUCACGAUCAAGAGGAAAGAGCAAGCGGGGAUUAAUAUUUAUAAAAACCUCUCAUCUGGCUGCUGACAGAGAUGGCAGCCAUUCGGAAGAAGCUGGUGAUUGUCGGGGACGGAGCUUGCGGGAAAACAUGUCUUCUCAUUGUUUUCAGUAAAGACCAGUUUCCUGAAGUCUACGUCCCAACAGUGUUCGAGAACUACAUCGCUGAUAUCGAGGUUGAUGGAAAACAGGUGGAGUUGGCGCUGUGGGAUACUGCAGGCCAAGAGGACUACGACAGGUUGAGGCCUCUCUCCUACCCUGACACAGAUGUCAUCCUCAUGUGUUUCUCCAUUGACAGCCCAGACAGUUUAGAAAAUAUCCCUGAGAAGUGGACGCCCGAGGUAAAGCACUUCUGUCCCAAUGUUCCCAUCAUCCUGGUGGGGAACAAGAAGGACCUGAGGAACGAUGAGCACACACGGAGAGAGCUGGCCAAGAUGAAGCAGGAGCCGGUGAAGACAGAGGAAGGCAGAGACAUGGCCGGCAGGAUCAGCGCUUUUGGCUACUUGGAGUGCUCGGCCAAGACCAAGGACGGUGUUCGGGAAGUGUUCGAGAUGGCCACCAGAGCGGCGCUGCAGGUCAGGAAGCGCAAGAAGAGAGGUGGCUGCACGCUGCUGUGAGCAGUCCACACGCCAUCAAAUCAACUGACCGAUAGGAGAGAAAAAAAAAAGGACUGACCUUUUACCAAAUGGCAUCUUUGUACUGUAUCUCGCAUUUCACGAUAACACGCAGGCAGAAUCAAAUGCAAACAAACAAAAUACAGGAAACGGACUUUGUCUAUAUUACAACCGUGGUUUAGAAAUUGAUGUUUAAAGUUGAUUUGCAUUUGUUUUUUUCCAAACUCUGUCUUCACCCGUAGAAUGUUUUCCUACUUGUUUUUCUUUAUAUUUGUAACGUAACGAGGCAGUGAUAGAUGCACAUAUUUGUAUGCAAUAUUCUUCACGAGCUUGAGCGAGCAGCACCCUUCAUGGCUUGUAUAAAGUCUCCAUGAGUAAAAUCCAGACUGUCCUGUUAGUGUCACUUCUGUUCAUCAUGGUAGUCCUGAUCUUUGACCAUAAGAGCUAGUGCCUUUUUUUUUUUCCUUUCAAGUUUGUACGCCACCAUCUCUGUUUGUCAGCUAGUUAACAUUUGAGCUGAGGGACUCUCCAUUGUACUGUAGCUAGUGUUGUCAUUGUGAAACCUGAGCAAAGCCACAACGAAGGCUUUCAGUGCUGGUGACUCAUCGAGCACAACAAACGGUUGCUUGUGUCGUUUUCGUUAGUGCUCCCUCAACAUUUGCUCAUUGAGGAUAAAGAAAGUAGCUGCCUCAUGUAAACAAACGAGAUCUGAUUAUUAACAUGCAUCCUUCAUAACUAUCUGUGCAGUGGACCUAGAUGGGGGGGGGUGAGAACCGGCCAAUCGAGACACAAGCCAAUAUGACUCAACUAUGCACAAUGGCUGUUAGGACCAACAGGGAGAUGACACAGCUGAAACAGAAACGAAGGCCAAAGCCUGGAGAAACCUCCCUUGUUUGUUUAUUGCGGGUGACCGAGUUCAGCUCUCCUCCUGCUACGAUUCAAGCCAGCCGGUCACGCCCGCUGUUGGAAUCCGCAUGUUGGACGGGUUAGCCCAGUCGUGGAAAUCACGUCUUGUUAGAGCUGUUGGCCUUGGCGUGUGGAUGUUUCCAGUCGGGUGACAUUCUUUACAUGUUUGAGAGGAGCUGUCUGUGUGAGGAGUUUGUUUUUCCCCGGUGCCUUCUCUGUUGCGGUGUGCCUUUUGGUUGUUCUCUCCCAGACCAGAUAGACCAGCUGCUCCACGCCACCCCCUGAUAACUGACUGACGAGGUCAAGAAUGACCCAUCUGACAUGUUUCACAAAGCUGUGUUUCUAUAAAUGGCUUCAAACAUAGACUUGAUUAAGGAGGAUGUGUCAUUAGUGUCCUAAACUUUAAGUCUUCAGAAGAUAAAUAUUACGAUCCUAUCCAUUAAUGCAGUCUCAUCUCCAUUAUCUUGGCAGUUAACAUAGGUUACAUCAAUUUGCAUCAUGUGCUUUUGCGUCUGGGAAAAUUACAUAACUUUUAUAGCACAUUUCUUCAGCAUCACUGGAAAAACAUCUGUCUGCAGCCGUAAAGAUCGUCUUUGAUGUUUUAGAGUUGUGUGUCACUGCCAAAGGAAAGUUAGUGCAACUGUGGAAAAAUGGAAACUGGGUUUAUUCGUCUGUCUUUAUCCUGAUCUAUGUCGGUCUUGAUCUUCGCUUCUUGGCAAGAAACAUUUGAUGUUUUAUGGCUCAAGUCAAAGGAGCAGAAUAUCAUCAAGGGUCCACGAUGAACUGUACUUUAAGGUUCAGUGUGUUGGAUUUAGGGGGGACAUGUUUUCUUAAGUGUAUAAUCACCUGAAAAUAAGAAUCUUGUUUUCAUUACCCUAGAAUGAGCUGUUUAUAUCUAUAUAGGGAGCAGAUCCUAGUCUAGAGAUCACCAUGUUUCCCACCAUGUUUCUACAGUAGCCCAGAAUGGACAAAACGGACAGCUCUACAUGGGGCCAUUCGUGGUUUCGUAUCGGCCACCAUAGUUUGCAUCCUUCUACGAGGAAAGUGUUUCAAAAUCAUUUUUAUUUUUUACAUAAAAAUGCUUUAUUCAGUGUUUUCACAAGUUUUAAUCACUCGGGGUCUCAUUUAUACACAUUGCGUAUGCACAAAACGAGGCCUGAAAGAGGCGUACGCCACUUCCCACGCAAAAUUUGUGAUCUUUAAAAACAGACUUGAUGGGAGAAACUUUGACCUAGGCUUACGGACAUUUUGGAGACAGGAAAUUGGUGACACAUGGUGAGGUGGAAGCCUGAUUGUAGAAAUUGUCAAUUAUUUUCUGGUGCACACCAUUUUCGGCUUUUGUCCAUACGUACAUGUUUAAUAUGGAUCCUACGCAUUGUCUUAUAAAUGAGACCCCUGGUCUGUUUCGGAGAGGAAAAGACAUCUGUGGAUCAUUCGGCUCCAACAGUCAACACUGAAGGAAUUCUAACCUGGAGAAGUUUCAGCUGGUUGCAGUCUGCAGUCCUCGCCAAUCUCACACACUGAACCUUCAAAGCAGCUUUUAGAGACCCGUCAAAGACCGUCCACUGGUCCUCAAUCGUGACCUGAAAAUCUUAAUGUCUUGAUAUACACUGCUUGAAAGGCCCAGCGGCUGUCCUCAGGCACACCUUGUUCCCUGCCUAUGUUGCUCAUUCACGUACUGUACAUGUCCCUUGGUUGCAUGUUGCCGUUGGUCUAAGAAGGAGGGGUGGAUGUUGAAAUGUGUGGUAUCUUUGAUGUUGCAUGCAACCUUCUUACAAUGCCAGUAAAGGCAACAAACCUAUCCAGCUGGCAGGAUCUGUGUCUGUUAUACUGUAAUGCAACUUUAUACCCUCUACUGGCCAAGCACAUUUAUGCUUUAACUGAGGUGGAGAAGCUACAACUUAUACAACUAUUCUUUUCCACAGCUCAACUGAGGCUUUGAUGGUAGUUUUUCUGCAGAGAGGUGGCUCUGAUUACAGUCACACACACACAAGCACCACUUUAAUGUUGUUACCUCCGAUCUUUCUAGAGUGGAUCCUGUUUUAACUCUUGUGCAUUAUUAUGGACAGCAACAAGCACACCAUAACAGACUCAGAUCCUCACAACUACAGGUUUUUAUCAAUGAAAAAACCGUGGGUCUUGAGAUAUGCAUUUCAUAGUUGUGGCAUGAUGUUCACGGGUCUCAACAAGCUUAACGCCAAGGAAUUCUUGGGAAUUAGGUGGUGGAGAUAGUUGAAUAACUCCCACAGCUGGAAGCACAGCAUGAUGAUGAAAGCAUUCCCUUCGAGCAGCAGAGGGCCUCGUGUUUGAACAUAUCACUAAGAGCAUGUACAAUACUGCUGUUUAUGUGUAUGCAGAUAAUGUCGCGCUAUAUCAGAAGUUGUCCUUAUGAUGUCGAUGCCUGCAUGAGAAAACCAUGGGUCUUUACAGUGAGCUUACACACACACACACACACACACACACACACACACACACACACACACACACACACGUCUUUGGGAUCAGCUUCUGCUCAGUGUUGUGUAACUUUUUCUUUUCUUUCUCUGGAAGUAUUUGAAAUGAUAAAGGAUCCAGAUUUAUAUAAAAGCUCAUUGUAAUAAUGCUUUGUAAACAGAAAGUGUUGUAGUGAAUGUUUGAUCUGAAGUGAACAUGAACAUUGUUAAUAAACUAUUUUUGAGACAAGA